AAAAAUGAAAAAAAAUAUUUAUUUAUUUAAAAAGGGUCAUUGUUAUGAAAUGUUUCGUGCAAUUGUUAUGGCUAAAUUUGAAGAAGAAUUUGUUAAAUCGGGAGCGACUCCUUCAAUUGGUAAUAGGAGUGGGGCUGUUGGUUUAAUUGGAAUUGUUCAACGGCGAGCACGUUUAGUUUGA